GCGACGUGUAAGUUCACCACCGAAAGUCUCUAUCAUCACCAUCAUCAUUCAUCUGGACAGCCACUCCCCCGCGGUGGUCCUCUCCUCCUCCAACUCUCACACAGCCAUCGCCCAACUUACGCUAAAGCUCUAGCUUCCUACUGUUUUUUAUCUUUAUUGAGGCCGGUCCCCCAAACUCCGCCUUACUUUUGAUCUUCUUCUUCUUCUCUUCUAUUCAAUAAAAGGACUUGGGUUAUGACCUACUACGAUUGGGUCUUUAUUUAUUUUUAUUUAGAAAUGAAGGAAUCACCCUGCCCGGCUACUCUGAUUCAGGCCAGUAAUUUAUGACCCCCCUUUUUUUUUAAGUGGAUUUUUUCUUCUUCGCUCUGGGGUUGAAAGAAAACAAAAAAAGAGUAAAUCUUUGGGCAUGUGGGUUGCUAUUAAUUGGAAUCAUGGGUGCGUGGGCGUACUGUUUCUGGACUUCUGGGGUAGAACAGAGGCCGAUUAGCUUUUGAUUACAGGAGAGUUGAACUGGGUCCGUCUCUGGUGUUGAUUGCAAAUUAUUACCAUUACUAAUGGAGGCAAGAACGAGACUUGGACUUGGAGGCCAAGCUGAGCUUCUUACUCGUGCUGUGGGUUCUGGGGAUUCGAAGGCGGCGGCCAACAAGAGGAGUAAUUUGGAGUGGGAUCUUAAUGACUGGAAAUGGGAUGAGGAUCUAUUCCUCGCUACCCCUCUCAUCAACUCUUCUACUACUAGUCCCUUGAUUAAUUAUCAUCAUCAGCAAAGCAGGCACUUUUUCCCUCUUGAAACUGGAGGAGUUAAUAAUCAUCAUCAUCAUCAUCGUGAUGUUGCUGCUCGAUCUUCCUCCAGCACCUCAUCCUCAUGCUCAGAUGAAUUCAAGAACCUUGGCGGAGGGGUUGGGGCCGGGUCAAGAAGGGAAUUGGACAAGCGGAGGAGGGUUCUCGUGGUUCGUGAUGACAAUUUGGAGGACGAGGCCGCUCCUGCUAGUCUUGCUCUCAAGCUUAACAGUCGUGGUGGACGAGACUGCUAUACCCCCGAGUGCGAGAGAUAUGCUUCCGGGAAGAAGACCAAGGCUGCUGCUACUGCUGCAAGCCGUGCGGUUUGCCAAGUUGAGGAUUGCAAGGCCGAUCUGACCAAGGCCAAGGAUUACCACAGGCGCCAUAAAGUUUGCGAGAUGCACUCCAAAGCCAGUAGGGCUCUUGUUGCCAAUGUUAUGCAGCGUUUCUGCCAGCAGUGCAGUAGGUUUCAUGCGCUUCAGGAGUUUGAUGAAGGGAAGCGGAGUUGUCGUAGACGAUUAGCUGGUCAUAACAAAAGGAGGAGGAAAACGCAACCUGAUCCCAUGGCAAAUGAAACUUCCUCGAAUGAUAGCCAAGCUAGUGGUUAUUUGUUGAUGUGCAUAGUCAAGAUACUCUCACACAUCCACUCCGGUAAAACAAACCAAACAGAUGAUCAGGAAUUACUGUCUCAUCUUCUAAGAAGCCUUGGUGGCCAUGGUGCCUUACAUGGGGACAAAGACAUAUCUCGUCUUCUGCAGCUACCUCAAAACUUCCCGAAUAAUGGAGCAGAAAUGGUAUCUGCCCUGCUUGCUAAUGGUACUCAAGGCUUGCCAAUCUCCAAACACCCUGAGAUGUCACAGAACAUACUACACAACCGUGAUGUGCAGGUUGAAGAUUUGCCAACCUCAUCCUCGCAGCCCACUCAAAGUUCUGUAGCUUAUGUACAAGUAAAUGAAAAUCAUGUGGAGAGGAAUAAGUUGAAUAAUUUUGAUUUGAAUGAUGCUUAUAUUGAUUUGGAGGCAGCCAUAGAAGAUUUAGAGAGGUCACCAGUCCCUGUUGAUGUAGCAACUAGUAAUCUUGAAUACCAUUCAUGGAUGCGACAGAAUUCUCAUCAAUCAAGUCCUCCUCAAACAAGUGGCAAUUCAGAUUCAGCUUCAGCUCCGUCGCCUUCUAGUUCCAGUGCAGAUGCUCGGAGUCGGACAGAUCGUAUUGUUUUCAAGCUCUUUGGGAAACAACCAAGUGACUUUCCAGGUUCAUUACGGGGACAGAUUCUUGAUUGGUUAUCUCACAGUCCUACUGACAUUGAGAGCUACAUUAGGCCUGGUUGUAUUGUCUUAACAAUAUAUCUUUGUACAUCUGUGUUGGCAUGGGAGGAGCUUUCUCAUAAUUUGGGCUCCAGUUUGAGUAGGCUUCUUAAUGUCUCUGAUGAUGGCUCUUUCUGGAGAACUGGAUGGAUUUACGCAAGGGUGCAGAACCGAAUUGUUUUUAUAUGCAGUGGUCGUAUUGUUGUAGAAACAUCCUUACCUUCACAAAGCAGCUAUUAUGGUGCAAUUGUGAGUGUCAAACCCAUUGCUGUACCACCAUCUGAGAGAGCUGAAUUCACAAUUACAGGCGUUAAUCUGUCAAGGCCCUCCACAAGGAUACUAGGUGCUCUAAGAGGAAGUUAUGUGCUUUUUGAAGAUAAUGGGCAGUCACUUGAACAUAUUGACAGCUUUAAGGAGCAUGAUGAGCUUCAAUGCUUAAAUUUUGCGUGUUCUAUCCCUGUAGUGACUGGAAGAGGAUUCCUUGAGCUUGAAGAUCUUGGCCUUAGUAGCAGCUUUUUUCCUUUUAUAGUUGCUGAAAAGGAUGUUUGCUCUGAGAUCCGUAUGCUUGAAAGUGAAAUGGAAUUACCUGAGACAGAUUGUCUUGGUGUGAAAACCGAAAGUAGAAAAUUGGCCAUGGAUUUUAUACAUGAAUUUGGUUGGCUUCUCCAUAGAAGUCAGUUGAAGUCUAAACUAGGGCACUCAGAUCAAAAUUCUCAUCCUUUUGCUUUCACACGAUUCAAUUGGAUUAUACAGUUCUCAGCAGACCAUGGUUGGUGUGCUGUCGUGAAGAAACUCCUAGAUCUUCUUCUUGAUGGUAAUAUAGGUGCAAGAGAGCAGCCUUUGUUAAGGUCUGCAAUGUUUGAGAUGGGUCUCCUUCACAGAGCAGUGAGAAGAAAUUCCAGGCCUUUGGUGGAGCUACUAUUAAGAUAUGUCCCAGAGAGAAUAGCAAAUGAACUGAGUUUGGAAUACGCUUCUCUGGUUGGUAGUGAAGGAAGCCCGUUGUUUAGACCUGAUGCAGUGGGUCCAGCAGGGUUGACUCCUCUUCAUGUCGCAGCUGGUACAGAUGGGUCUGAGGAUGUACUGAGUGCAUUGACUAAUGAUCCUGGACAGGUGGCAGUUGAAGCAUGGAAAAAUGCUCGUGACAACAAUGGUUUCACCCCUGAAGAUUAUGCUCGGCUGAGAGGACACUACUCUUACGUCCACCUGGUCCAGAGGAAGAUCCACAAAAAAAUUUUGGUUGGGCAUGUGGCGGUUGUCGAUAUUCCAAACGCAGUCUCUAGUGGUAGGACGAAGCAAAAUGAAGAAGAGGAGGCAAGAAAGACCAGCUUUGAAAUUGCAAGGUCUGAGAUAGGUUCAGCUGAGCUCCAUCGUUGUAGGCUUUGUGAUAGAAAAUUUGUUGCUACAGGAGGUGGCAAUGGUUCUCCUCUCUACAGACCGGGCAUGCUCUCAAUGGUAGCUAUAGCUGCAGUCUGCGUUUGUGUGGCACUGCUGUUUAAAAGCUCACCUGAAGUUCUAUUUGUGUUCCGCCCCUUCAGGUGGGAAAUGUUGGACUACGGUUCUUGGUGAGACCCCAAUACGGGCAUCAGACCUGAUAUGGUAAUAAACAUAUUGAUCUCUUAUCGGGUAUUGUAGACAUUGGUAAAAUUGUAAAGUUAUAGAGACAUUGGUAAUAAGCAUACUGUUGCAGGUUGUUGGAUGGGAUACUACUACUAGUCAAAGGACUGUUAGAUUUCUUGUC